GCCAUUUCCUCGUUGUUAGCAUAUUAGCAUCAAGCUAACUACCUGCUCUCUUUGAAAAUAGUUGACUUCUGUAAUCUAUUCAGACCCUUACUGCUGAUAUCAACACAGGCGUUUCUUCAACACAAGGAUAAAGUCUCCCAAGGUCUUUGGCAGAGUGGUGUCAGGUCUGGUCCAGGGUUGUUGAACGGUUAAUGCACAAAGUAAAGAGGCUGAAAAUCGAAGACCAAUCAGAAGACGGCCAGGAAAGGGACAGAGAAGCACUGGCAGGUAUGACGGGGGUGGACGAGCUCUCGGACAGCACGGAGGUGGUGGAGAUGGAGGAUGUGAAUGCCACCGAGUUCCAGGUGGAGAAGCAUACAUGGGAUGGCCUGCGGAAAAUCAUCCACAACAGCCGCAAGAACACCGGCGUGGUCAUCAACAAGGCGCCGCAUGACUUCCAGUUCAUGCAGAAGGACGAGGCCAGCCCGCACUCUCACCGCAUCUAUUACCUCGGAAUGCCUUACGCCAGCAGGGACAACGCAUUACUCUACUCAGACAUUCCCAAGAAGGUCCGCAAAGAUGCCCUGCUGGUUUUGUCAUGGAAACAGCUGCUGGAUCGCUUUCAGGCCAGCCCACACCACGGGGGCUUCUCCCGGGAGGAGGAGCUACUGCGAGAGAGGAAGCGUUUGGGGGUGUCUGGCAUAACUUCCUAUGACUACCACCGACCCAGUGGCCUCUUCCUGUUCCAGGCCAACAGCAGUCUGUACUACUGCCGUGACGGUGGAAACAGCAGCUUCAUUACUUCUCCCAUGAAUCCUGUAGAGAUCAAGAGCCAGAGUUCAGGCACACGCAUGGACCCCAAGAUCUGCCCGGGGGACCCCAACUUUAUCGGCUUCAUCAAUAACAAUGACAUUUGGGUGACCAGCAUCGAGACGGGUGAAGAGAGGAGGCUCACCUUCUGCCACAAAGGCAUUGAUAACCCAAAAGAGGACCCCAAAUCUGCUGGUGUAGCCACUUUUGUCACACAGGAGGAGUUUGACCGCUUCACUGGAUACUGGUGGUCACCAGCUGCUCGAGAAGAAUCAGAUGGUGGUAAGACUUUACAGAUUUUAUACGAGGAGGUGGACGAGUCUGAGGUUGAGAUCAUCCAUGUCCCGUCUCCGGCUCUGGAGGAGCGUAAAACAGAUGUCUACAGAUAUCCACGUGCAGGCAGCAAGAAUCCAGAUAUUACUCUCAAAAUAGCAGAAAUCAGGACAGAUGAUGCCGGCAAAAUUGUCAGCACACAGGAAAAGGAGCUGCCUGUUCCCUUCACCAGCCUGUUCCCAUGUGCUGAAUACAUCACCAGAGCUGGUUGGACAAAGGAUGGCCGAUAUGCGUGGGCGGUCAUGAUGGAAAGGCGACAGCAGCGUCUCCAGUUGGUCCUGCUUCCUCCAGAGCUCUUUAUCCCAGCAAAUCAGGAUGAGACCAGCAGACAAGAGAGUCUGGAGGCCCUCGGAGACACAGUCCAGCCCUUCAUCAUCUACCAAGAGACCAGCGACAUCUGGAUCAAUGUGCAUGAUAUCUUCCAUCCUUUCACCCAAACCAGUGAUGAUGAGAUCAGCUUCAUCACAGUAAAUGAGUCUAAAACAGGCUUCUGCCACCUGUAUAAGAUCACCUCAGUGUUACAGCGGGGCAGCUAUCACUGGGCCAAAGGCUACACACACUCUGAAGAUGAUUUCAAGUGUCCGGUCAAAGAGGAGGUGACGAUAACCAGUGGGGAGUGGGAGGUGCUGGCAAAUCAUGGAGCAAAGCGUUCGUCCAGUCCUCAGAUUUGGGUGGAUGAGACGGCAAAGCUGGUUUACUUCCAGGGAACCAAAGACUCUCCUCUGGAGCAUCAUCUUUAUGUGGUGAGCUACGACUCACCGGGUGAAAUCGUCCGACUCACCAAACCGGGAUUCUCCCACAGCUGCUCAGUGAGCCAGACCUUUGACAUGUUUAUCAGCCAUUACAGUAGCUUGACCGCCGCACCCUGUGUGCACAUCUUCAAGCUGAUUGGCUCAGACAGCGACCCGCUACACAAAGAGCCGCAGUUCUGGGCGAGCAUGAUGGAGCCUGCUGGUUUCCCAUUUGACUACACUCCUCCAGAGAUCUUCAGCUUCACAGGGAAGUCAGGCUUUGAGCUGUACGGCAUGUUGUACAAACCGUACAACCUGGUCCCCGGCAGGAAGCAUCCCACUGUCAUCUUUGUUUACGGCGGUCCGCAGGUGCAGUUAGUGAAUAACUCUUAUAAAGGAGUGAAGUACCUGCGGUUGAGCACUCUGGCUUCUCUGGGCUACGCUGUGCUGGUCAUCGAUGGGCGGGGAUCCUGUCAGCGAGGACUCCAGUUUGAAGGAGCUGUGAAGGACAAAAUGGGUCAGGUGGAGAUUGAAGACCAGGUGGAAGGUUUGCACUAUGUAGCUGAAAAGUACAAGUUUGUGGACCUGAGUCGUGUUGCCAUCCAUGGCUGGUCGUAUGGAGGCUUCCUCUCCCUCAUGGGCCUGGUCCAUAAACCUGACAUCUUCAAGGUUGCCAUUGCAGGAGCACCGGUGACAUUGUGGAUGGCCUAUGACACCGGCUACACAGAGCGAUAUUUGGACACGCCUGAAAAAAACCAGAAGGGAUACGAGGAUUGUUCUGUCGCCCUGCAUGUCAACAAACUCCCAAACGAGCCCAACAGACUGCUGAUCCUGCACGGGUUUCUAGAUGAGAAUGUGCACUUUUUCCACACCAACUUUCUGGUGUCUCAGCUCAUCCGGGCAGGGAAACCAUACAACCUGCAGGUUUAUCCAAAUGAGCGACACAGCAUCCGAUGUCCAGAGUCUGGAGAACAUUAUGAGAUUACGCUGCUGCACUUCCUCCAGCAGAACCUCUGAUAAGCCUUUCAACACACUGACCUUUCCUUCUUCGCUUCCUAACCCUCUUCUCUUUGUCUCCUCCUUCACAUUCCUUCAUUUAUUUAAACCUGCAUCACCUUCUCUUUCACUUGAUUUUAUUAUAUGCUGAAUGCAGGCUAUGCCAAACCUCAUCACACCUCAAGAGUCGUUCAUCAGUCUUAUAGGUGCUGUAGCUUUUUAGCAUCGAUAAAUCAUCAUGAGAUUAAUAUUCACACGUUAGUGUAAUUACCACAAAUAACCGUCUCGUAGUCUUGAAGCUUGAUUUUUACAGUUGAGGGGAAAACUGCCUCAAAACAAGCAGGGGGCGCCGUUUGCCCAGAACAAACAUGGCUGAAGCUUUAACAGAUUCUACGGUGGAUAAGAAAAAAAACACCAAAUCAAAAUUUGAAAGUGAUGAAUACUGAUGUUAUAAAACGCUUCUUAAUGCACCUUUAACAGAACAGAAUUUUCCGCGAUGCAAACAUGGAGAAGUGGGCCUGCUGCGUCCAGUCUCUGGAAGCAAUUUCAAGUGAUUUAGCACUUAUGCUCUUUCGUGCCAUUCCCAACUCUUUUAUUGUUCUCCUGUUUCCACAAAUAAACACUGGAGUGAAGUUAGAAAAUGUAAACCUCUAUAAGAUCAUACAAACAAGAUCUUAAACCCCUUCCCCUCUUUUUUGUGUUGCUUUGACUCCAUGUUCUUGUGUGUGCUGUUUUAUGUGGUGUGUCACUCUUUGGCAGAUCUACAAAAAAAAGUUACUUGUCACAUUUUAUUGUGUAUUAUUCAAAAAAUAUUUUUAUGGAUUAUUAUGCAUCCAUAACUGGUGGAAAUAUGUAGUGACCUCUUGCUGACCUCUUCACACAAUCGCUCGCUUUCAUUUUGCGGGAGCUUCUUUUUCUUCUGCUGCUGAGGACUUUUGCACAUAUUACAUAUUUGCCUUGGUGCCAACAAACUCAUCGACCAAUGAGAUGAUGUUUGACCCAACUGUUGGCAGCCUGAGGUGCCUUGCAAGAGCUUAAGAGCACCUGCUCAUAUAGUUUAUAUCAGGGAAUCUGUCUGAGGACCUAUGACAAUAAAUUGCCUUGUUACAUGUUUGUUGAUGACCAUCUGUGAGAUGAGCUACCAUCACCUGUACUCUCAGAUACUGAAGAAAUAAACAGAAGUGAACAAUC